GAGAGAAAACUAAAGCCCCAGAAAAAGUAAAAACAGAGGGACCGGCAGUUAUCCAUACGAGUGAGAGAGUUCUCUCUGUAGUCUUUCCCGUAACGAUAAAGUUUUUGGGACGAUAAAACCAGAAGCAAGCAAAGCACAAUCAACCACCACUCCCAACUUUCUCAAAAAAAAAAAAAAAAAAACCACCACUCCCAGAAACAUAAAACACUGUAACCCAAAAAAACAUUUUCAACUCUCAGAAACAGAGACACACACUCUUAUCUCUGUGUGACACCACGUGAACCCAAUCACCAUGCCGCCACAGGAGACCGAGCAACAGCAACAACCACUGUUAACAGCGGAGUCUGUCGAGGAGCCAGAAGAGACAGCCUACGAGUCCGACGAGAAAGUCCUGAUUAUUGGGAUCGAUGGUGAAUCAGAAGGGUCGGACUCGGACUCGGGUCGGGCUCCGCCGUUUUCUUGGAAGAAGCUUUGGCUGUUCACGGGUCCUGGGUUCUUGAUGAGCAUAGCUUUUUUGGACCCUGGGAAUCUGGAGGGGGAUCUCCAGGCUGGUGCGAUUGCUGGGUACUCGUUGCUUUGGCUGCUUUUGUGGGCCACCGCCAUGGGAUUGCUGGUUCAGUUGCUCGCGGCUCGGCUUGGUGUGGCCACUGGGCGCCACUUGGCUGAGCUGUGUAGAGAUGAGUAUCCGAGUUGGGCGAGGUUGUUGCUUUGGGUUAUGGCUGAGUUUGCUCUGAUUGGGGCUGAUAUUCAGGAAGUUAUUGGGAGUGCAAUUGCUAUUAAGAUUUUGAGUAAUGGGGUUUUGCCUCUCUGGUCAGGGGUCAUCAUUACCGCUUUGGAUUGUUUUAUCUUUCUAUUUCUUGAGAACUAUGGUGUGAGGAAAUUGGAAGCAGUCUUUGCUGUUCUCAUUGGGACAAUGGCAGUUGCAUUUGCUUGGAUGUUUGGUGAAACAAAGCCAAGUGGCACAGAACUUCUUCUUGGUAUUUUGAUUCCAAAAUUGAGUUCCAAAACAAUAAGGCAGGCUGUUGGUGUUGUGGGUUGCGUAAUUAUGCCUCAUAAUGUAUUCUUGCACUCAGCUCUUGUACAAUCUAGGGAGAUUGACCAUAGGAAGAAAGGCCGAGUUCAAGAAGCUCUCAAGUACUACUCCAUUGAGUGUACUAUAGCCCUUGUUCUGUCAUUCAUUAUAAAUCUGUUCGUUACAACUGUGUUUGCCAAAGGGUUUUAUGGUACAGAAGUAGCCAAUAGCAUUGGCCUUCUAAAUGCAGGGCAGUAUCUUCAAGAAAAGUAUGGGGGUGGAGUUUUCCCGAUUUUAUAUAUCUGGGGUAUUGGGUUAUUAGCAGCCGGCCAAAGUAGCACUAUUACGGGUACUUAUGCAGGGCAGUUUAUCAUGGGAGGUUUCCUAAACUUGAGGUUGAAAAAAUGGCUGAGGGCAUUGAUCACGCGAAGCUUUGCAAUCAUCCCAACUAUGAUAGUUGCUCUUGUCUUUGAUAGCUCUGAGGACAUGCUAGAUGUUCUAAAUGAAUGGCUUAAUGUGCUUCAAUCAGUCCAGAUUCCCUUUGCACUUAUUCCCCUGCUUUGUUUGGUGUCAAAGGAACAGAUCAUGGGCACUUUUAGAAUUGGCCCAGUUCUUAAGACAACUUCAUGGCUGGUGGCAGCACUGGUGAUAUCGAUUAACGGGUAUCUGUUGCUGGACUUCUUCUCCUCUGAAGUGAAUAGUGCGUUGUUUGGCACAGUUGUGUGUGCAUUUACAGCUGCAUAUAUUGCAUUUAUAAUUUACCUUGUUUCCCGGGGUGUUUCCUUUAGAAGUUGGUGCAACUUAGGACAACCCAAGAUCGUAGCAGACACAGAAAUUGAGUAAUCAAUGCCCAUUGUUGGUUUCAAUUGCAAGAUGUUUGAAAUUAGAAAAUGCCAGAUUGGGAAAGUGCUGUCAGAGUGCAUUUGCACUGAAAUUUCUGAUUUAGAUUGACCUUCAAUUGGUAAUCAUAGAUCACUUGUGUACAAAUUUGAAAUCAGUAGCUUAAUAUCGUUUCUCUGUGCUGUAUUAAGCAGCUCGGGGUUGUUGUUUUUGUAUAAUAGAACUCGUUUAUUAUCGUUGGUUUUAUAGAGGGAAGAGAAAUGCAAGCCAUUAGUGCUUAAAGUCUAAUCUCCCACAGCAAUGUGCCCUUUACUUUUGUUAAGAGUUGAAUAAUGAAGCUCCUGGAAGAUCUCUAUUU